AUGUCGAGAUUUCAAACCCUCUUCUUAGUUAUUGCCGUCUUGUUCUUUGCUCUCGUUUGGACUUUGCCAGUUCCAGGACCUGAAAUUAAUCCACCUACUCCCGGCGGUUUAAUUCAAGUGACAGCACCAAGCGCGGGAACUUAUAAAUUUGGAUCAUGGCAAGGUGUUAGCUGGAAUGCGAACGUCGAUAUCCCAGACAAAUGGAAUCGUACAGUCAAUGUUUAUAUUGCCAAAAAGUGUGAGGAUAAAAAUAAGCCAGAUCAACUUACUUACAAAUAUCUUGGCGAAUUCAAUUACGGAAAUACCUAUGCUGGUUUCCAAGCCGAGCUCAAGCCAGGCACUUAUUUCGGCUUUGUAGUAGUCUGCGAUGAUCCUUUUAUUUGGGGUACUGGACCAGAGUUUUCGAUUGUGUAUUAA